UACGGUAGUUUAACAUAGUGAAUGUGAAUGGUGCACUAUGUAUAUAGGCUGUUUUACAUUCAUGUGUUAACCGAUUCCCGUAGCACGUGACACGCAUCCAAGCAGAGAGCAACUUGGGCUUCACCGCAUCCUCACAGAUCUCUGUCGGAAGCGAAAGCAGCAAGUUCCACGGAAUCAUUUGUUGCUGAUUUACUUUGAACUCGGGCGCACUUUUAGUUUACGCUACUGCUAGACCCUGCAAAAGGAUUAGCCUACAAUUUGAAGAAGAAGAAAAGAAAACGGAUAGUAGAGUGGUAUUUUUGUUAGCGAUUUGAACACUAAACGCACACUUGACGGGUUGGACUUGCUUUCCUAUGAAAGGACUACUGUGGCAGUUUUCUCCAAGAGCGCCAGUGUGAAACGUGUGAGCUGAGGCUGAUUAAAAAAGGCAUGCCCUUGGACGGACUGCUGUACCUCAAUAACCUCCCUGACUUCUGAACUUGUUGCGUUUGCUUUGCACCGGCUACGGAGACGCAUUUUCGAAUACUUUUGGGUGCUAAUUUGUAACGAAGGUAAAGCAAAGGGGACUAUAACUGGAGAUCUAUAUGUAAAACCCACCAUUUUAUCAAAACGUAUUUAUGAGGAGAUGUCCUUUCCCUGCGUGGUGGAUCUGUGAGCGCAAAACGGAGCACCGACUCUGCUUCAGUUGCACCGGGUCGCGCACAUUGGGUCAUCAUGGCAGCUGGAGUCGCAGCUUGGCUACCAUUCGCGCGCGCCGCGGCCAUAGGAUGGAUGCCCGUGGCGAACGCGCCGAUGCCGCCUCCACCACGGGAGAAGAGGCUAGGUCAGGACGGGCUGAUUAUCUUGAACGUCAGCGGCUCAAAGUUUCAAACUUGGCGGAAUACUUUGGAGAGGUACCCCGACACCUUACUUGGAAGCACCGAGCGCGACUUCUUUUACCACGAGGAGACCAACGAGUACUUUUUCGACCGCGACCCGGACAUCUUCAGACACAUCCUCAACUUUUACCGCACCGGGAAACUGCACUACCCUCGCCACGAGUGCAUCUCCGCGUACGACGAGGAGCUGGCCUUCUUUGGCAUCAUUCCCGAGAUCAUUGGUGACUGUUGCUAUGAGGAGUACAAAGAUCGCAGGCGGGAGAAUGCGGAGAGAAUUCAAGACGAUGAAGAGAACGAAAACAACAACGAUAUGGCGCCGCCGGAUAUGUCGUUCCGUGAGUCCAUGUGGCGCGCUUUUGAGAACCCUCACACGAGCACCAUGGCGCUGGUGUUUUAUUACGUCACGGGCUUUUUCAUAGCCAUCUCCGUUAUGGCCAACGUGGUGGAGACGGUCCCGUGCGGCAACGCGCAAAACAGGCUCAAAGAGUUCUCCUGUGGGGAGCGCUACGCGCUCGCGUUCUUCUGUUUGGAUACGGCCUGUGUUAUGAUCUUCACCGUCGAGUACCUCCUCCGUCUGAUCGCCGCUCCCAGCAGGUACAAGUUCGUCAAGAGCGUCAUGAGCAUCAUUGACGUGGUAGCCAUCAUGCCUUACUACAUCGGCCUGGUCAUGACGGACAACGAGGACGUGAGUGGGGCCUUCGUCACCCUUAGGGUCUUCAGAGUCUUCCGAAUUUUCAAAUUUUCGCGGCACUCUGCGGGACUGCGAAUCCUGGGGUACACGCUUAAGAGCUGUGCGUCUGAGUUGGGCUUCCUGCUCUUCUCCCUCACCAUGGCCAUCAUCAUCUUCGCCACCGUAAUGUUCUACGCAGAAAAGGGCUCGUCCUCCAGCAAGUUCACAAGCAUACCGGCGGCUUUCUGGUACACCAUCGUCACCAUGACAACGCUUGGAUAUGGAGACAUGGUUCCUAAGACCAUCAUGGGAAAGAUCUUUGGCUCAGUUUGUUCUCUGAGUGGAGUACUGGUGAUUGCUCUUCCUGUGCCCGUCAUUGUGUCCAAUUUCAGUCGGAUCUACCAUCAGAGUCAACGUGCAGAGAAGCGGCGUGCUCAAAAGAAAACCAGGCUUGCUAGAAUUCAUGCGGCGAAGAGCGGUGGUGCUAACGCUUAUUUGCAUUACAAACGCAAUGGGAUGCUGGCGGACACGGAGGAGGAGGCAUCAAAACAGGCAGGACAAGCUCUGGUAUGCAAGACUAACCCCACUUUUGAGACCCAGCAUCACCAUCUGCUGCACUGCUUGGAAAAAACCACGAACCAUGAAUUUGUGGACGAGCAGACCUAUGAAACAAGCUGCAUGGAGGUUUCCAUGGUGAAGCCGUCCAUGUCCCGCUCCUCCUCACUGUCCUCCUCUUCACACGGGCUCUCCUCCUGCUGUUCGCGCAGAAACAAACAAAAGAGCUUUAACGUGCCCAAUUCCAACAUGGCCGGCGGUCGCAGGGGGAGUAUACAGGAGCUCAGCACCAUCCAGAUCAGAGAGAGACCGCUGAGCAACAGCCGAUCCAGUCUCAAUGCCAAGUUUGAAGAGACGGUACCCCUUAACUCGGAAGAGCCCUCCUACAUCACUGCUGCAGUCAUCAGCAUGCCGACUCCGCCUGUGACCACACCCGAGGGAGGAGACUCUGCCAGCUCACCCAACUUCUUACAAAGCAACAUUGUUAGGGUGUCGGCAUUAUAGACCAUCCACAGUGACUAUUAGCCAUUUCAUUUGAUGAGUGGACACUGGAACAGGAGGGAUUGAGAGUGCCCCUUGUGUAUUGAAGAAGGCAUUGCAGCAGGAUGGGCCGUAGCUGGACCUUUUUAUUUAUCAGCUCCUGUCUAAAGCUCUGCUUCUCUGUACCGGGAUGUCAGAGCCACUACUAGGCCCAUCACGUCAUUUGAUCAACACUUGGGUCAACAGGCUUUCACUCAACCCAUAAAGGAAAUCAAUGACAAUAAUUACCAUUGUGGUUACUACUCCUAUAAUUUUUGAAUAUUGUGUGUCUUUGAAUUUGUUGUCUUAAAUUUGGUGGGAUGGUGAGGUAAUUACGAGGAAAAGGGAGUGUACCAGCAGGGCAGGAUUCUACAGUAGGAUAGUAUUGGUUUUAGACAGUGCUUCAUACACACCAAUACUUCAAACUCUACAAAGAAAAGCUGGGCUCUACUAGGAUGUGCAUUCGAAUGCUUUUCUGUGCGAGCGUGUGUGUAUGAUAAAGAUUAAUCUCUUGCAUGUUUUUCAUUUGUAAGUCUUUUUUCAAUUCGGCAUGAGCAAUAAUGAUUGGCUUAACCCUGAACCAUUCAGUUACCAUGUCACUAUUCCAUAAAAUUUUGUAAUGCUUGGUAUUUUUUCAAAUCAAAAUUGAUAACAGAAGAACUUUUGUAGCAAGAGCUCUUUUAGUCUUACUGAAUUCACUGUUGUGGCUUCUUUUUCUGCUCUCACAAUGUGAAUAAGAGCACAAACACUGCUGUCUUGUGAUCUAGGCUCCUGAAUUCAUGAACAAUAUCCCAUCAAUUAUUCUAUUGGACUACACUUGGGAUCUGUAGUUUUUCUCCCCAAAUCCUCCCUUGCAGGGGUGCUUUAAAUCAUUAUUUUGAUCUUUCUUCACUUCUAAUCCCUAUUAGCAUCCUUUAUUGUGGAAAUGUUUCUUAAAGUUAUAGUUCACCCAAAAAUUUAAAUUCUCUUAUCAUUUAGUCGCCCUCAUGCCAUCCCAUACAGUAUGUGUAUGACUGACUUCUGCUGAACACAAACAAAGAUUUUUAGAAGAAUGUCUCAGCUCUGUUGGUCCUUUCAAUGCAAGGGAAUGGUGAUCAGAUGUUUGUAUCUCCAAAAAACAUAUAAAGGCCACAUAAGUGGUCAAAUCCAUGUGUUCAGAAGUGUUAUGAUGGGUGUGGGUGAGAAACUGAUCAAUAUUUUUUACUAGACAAAACUAAAAACUAAUUAACUGGACACAAAAAAAGUCAUUUUUACCAUAAAUCUUCAAUUUCACUACAUUUUGAAAGUGAAAGUGGAGAUUUAUAGUAAAAAGGACUUAAAUAUUGAUCAGUUUCUCACCCCCACCCAUCAUAUAGCUUCUGAACACAUGGAUUUAACCACUGGAGUCUUAUGGACUUUUAUGUGGCCAUUAUGUGAUUUU